CUCUCCUUGAUCUCACUCCUGCCGGCUUUCUUACCUUUGCACAUCCGUGUCCUCAGUGGCUUCUCUUAUCUUUGAACAAUAGAAUCCAUACCCAUAUACAUAUAUACGAUCCAAAAUCAUGGUUCAGACUCGCUCUGACCUAAAGCGAAAGGCCAUGGAUACCUAUUGCCCGCCCCAGCCUGUCGGGAAUGAACCACCCUCAGUGGAGGAGAUGAGAAAGGAAGCAAACCUUGAGAGAGAACACGGGUGCAGCUUCAUCAUACGGCAUCCACAGUACAGCCAUCUCAUGCAAGGAAUAAACGCACUCAUUACUGAUGGAGCAGCGGAAUGGGGGUUUGACCUGAAAGACUUAGGGAUGCUUUGUGGCAUCACACGUAUGAUGGCUCUUGGCUGGACUCUUGAGUACCUGAUCACGGACAUCAGCGUACUGCCAGAGUAUCAGAUCCAUCGUCUGAUCACUCGCGCCGACGGCUUCUGCGCACAAAUGGAUUGGGCCAAACUUCGACCGUUACUACCUCCUGCUGCGGCUGCUCACUUCGGCGAUCUCAUGGGCGAGUUACUCAUUCACUUAGCAAUCCACGAUCUCUUCUUUGAGAGACCAUUCUGGUAUUUGGAUGGCAAAAGGGGGCCCGACGACUCAAACGAGGACCCUGAGUUUGGAAAGAAACUCCAGUACCUUUUCGAGCGCUUCUACAAAACCAACCCAAGACACGGAGUCCUAUGGAAAAUGCAGACCCAGCGGCUCGCCAACUCAGAAGCCUGCCACGGAGUCCACGACCUUGAAUUCGGUCAGUACAAUGCCCGGCGACACGAGGCAGCAUUGCCCGGCUUCGUAGACAGCUUUCUAGCCAGCGAGCCGUUUUGCUGGUUGCUCAAGGACUCAUACCCGGGCACCUCUAUGCAAGCCGAGAAGAGGCGGACUGGGCUCAUCAAUGUCUUCCGGAAGGGUCUCGAAACCAUGAUCAAAUGUGAAACCUGGACAAACGGCAAGCCUUUCCUUCGUGGAAUUGAUGAGCUGGGCGGAAUAUGGAGCGCGGAUAGCUCGGAGAAGAAAAUCAUCCACUCAUACGCCUGGAGGCCCCGACGCGAUCUAUACAACGGCCAGCGGAUUCUCUUUGUUGCGCGGCCGGGUCUUAUUUAUGUUGAUAGCCUGCAUUGUUAUAGGUUCCUGCCACACCUCGGAGUGACCGAAGUAUGCGAGGCGGAGGUGAUACCGGCAUAUAUACCCGGAGAUGAUGAGAGCGACACUGCAGAUGAUGACGAAAAACAUGGGAAGCGAGACGGUGGUGAUGAGGAAUACCGUGGAGAGAAGAAUGUUUAGAUACACACUGUGAGGUCUUCUUUCUUGCCUUAAGCUGGAAAAAAGGGGCAAAUGGUAGGACCGCAGCUCCUUCUUUUAUCUUUUUCCUGUUGUUUUGAAUUUAAUAGUUUGGCUUCAAAAUAAGAUGAAAACAACUGCCUUGUCUUUCUGUGCUAGUCAAGCUUGUUAUUUCCCUUAUAUUAUGCAUGCAAUUUUGUUAUCCUACG